AUGGAAAGCAACCGACGUGCCUGGGUUGCCCUAGUUGAUGGCAAAGGUGCCCAGCUAACGUCGCCAGGCAAAGUGAGCGUCUCCCCCGACAACGACGUCGACGAUGUUAAACAAGCUGUGAAAGUGAAAUUUCACAACCUCUUGGAGAGAAUCGCGCGACCUGACCUUUCUGUCUACGCCGACCAGGCCGCAUUUGCUCGCAAUGAUGCUCCUCUUGCUGCCGAUGCAAGGGUUGAAGGUUAUGGCGAACAUUGGGCAAAUCCCAUCUUGGUGGUUGCUCCGUCCACAUCAAACAAGCGCCAACGUGAAGACCACGUCGAAACACACGGGGCUGUGGAAAGCCCUGUUUCAGUGUUCAGCAACAAGGCUUGGCGAAACUUCGUCUCAACUGUGAAACCAAAGUUGUCUGGUAAGCACCCCCUUGAUCUGCUGCACUUCUAA